CUCCAAAUCUUAAACUAGGAUGUCCACAAAAAAUAACACAAGGUUGCCUAUAAUCCGAACUAAAUCCUUCCGCGUACGUAGAAGUAUAAUGCUUGAGUCUUGCAUUUUUUACAAGAAACGCAUGAGGAAAAGGCUCUUCCGUUCAAUCGUACCAUUCGGCCAAAAUAUUUGAAUACGCCAAAGAAGUUUCGGCCACGGGUGAUAUAAAAAAAAGAGGUACUUGUGAAAAUCCAGAUUUAUCCAAAUGAGUACUAAGACACUCAAACAAAUCGUAUACCACACCCGAAGGAUAACAUGGUAUUAAAACACAUCCGCCUGAUCUGAGUGUCAUAGCUGCAAUAAGUAUUAUAUCAUAUAUAUUUGUAUAUAAGAAAUUAAAUGUGUACUUUAUACUUACCAACAGUCAUACACAAUUCACCAAGCAUUGUGUCUGGAUUUGCGGUUGGUGUUUGAGUUAAACCUGUUAGUAUUAACAUGUUAGCAUGUUUCAAUGUAGCUUGUUCCAUAGGUCUUGGAUGAGUAGUUAACGUCGAUGAACCGCUUACAAAUGCAACCUUUUCGUGAUCGCAUGAUAUCAACCAAUUACUACUGCCUAAACAAUAUCCAGAACUUAUAGGCGUAACUGUCAAUGCCCCGUAUAUAUCCUGGAAAAAAAUAACUUAUUUUUAUAUCACAUUAUUAUACAAUAAUAGCAUAUGUAAAAUUUCCUUUUUCCUUUUUUUUUCUUUUUCUUUUUUUUUUUAUUUUUAUUUUUUUUUUUUUAUAAUAUUCCGAUUACCAAUUUUUGAUCGUAUCCAACUAAUUGAAUAUUUGACAAAGCAGAAUUUAUAGCAGACAACGAAUAUAUAUGCCUCCAUGAUUUUGGCUUAAGUGCAUCAGCUAAAGGAGGAGGUAAUAUAUGUAAUAAUUCUUUCCAAUGCUUAGCCAAAGUUGCUCUAGGUGUCUGUUCUAUAAAUUCUACUAAUUCUUCCAUAAAAAAUCUUCCAAUUUGUAAUGUUGGUUCGGUAGCAUAAAUCACUCCUUUAAAACCAGUACCUUCCGUUACAAAUGGUAAUGCAAGCAUACAAGUAUAAUUAGAUAUUAAAAUGGCAUCGAUUUCUGAAAAAUCUAUUAUUUUUUCAAGAGGUGGAGAAAAUUCUGGUGUUGAAUCAACAAAUACUCUUCCACAGCAUUCUUUUAAUUCCUGAAAUCACAUAUAUUUUGUUAUUAUGUGUUCUGGAACAUAAUUAUAUAUUUCACACGUAUUUAUUAAACAAACCCCUUCAAUUUGCCAAUCUUGAUGAUUAUCUCUUGGAAGCCAAGUUGGUCAUUGAAGCAUCAAGUUCGACUUAACCUUUCCAACGCGAUACAUAACACGUAUACAUUGGAACUUUCCUUUCGUAAUAAUUAUAUUCAACUAUAAUAUACAAGCUAUUGUUUAUAGUAUCGAAAAAAUCAUUUUCUCAAUACGCCUUUCGAUUAUUUUAAUAUCAAUAAUAAUUUUAACACAAUGUGCGAAGUUAAAGUUCUGUUUAAUGGAUACUCCGAGCAAUUGGAUGAUAGAAUAAUGUGCGCUAAUUGUUCGUGUACCUUAAUAAAAGGUCCAAAAUUAAUUAUUGUUGAUACUAUGACUGCUUGGGAUCAGAAGAAAAUUUUGGAAGCUCUUAGUCGUGAGAAUGUAACACCAGCAGAAAUUGAUUAUGUUGUAUGUACACACAGUCAUCCUGAUCAUAUUGGAAAUAAUAAUUUAUUUACCAAUGCAGAGCACAUUGUAGGCCAUUCUGUACAACAUGGUGAUUUGUUUUAUGAAGAAAAUCUUAAAAAUGAAGAAUAUAUUCUUUGCGAGGGAGUUAAAGUUCUUGCAACACCAGGACAUACAUCAGAAGAUAUUACUGUAUUAGUUCAAACUAAUAUUAAUGGUCGAUCUAGUUGCGUCGCUAUUACAGGUGAUCUGUUUGAAAAGGAAGAGGAUAUUGUAAAUCCAUUAAUUUGGAAAAGUCUCGGUCAAAAUGAUUUACAAAAAGUUCAAUCUUACAUGCGCUCUCGUAUAAUUAAUCUUGCUGAUUUUAUAGUACCUGGACAUGGUCCGAUGUUUUCUGUUACAGAUAAAAUGAGGCAAAUCGUUGACAGUCAAGUGAUUAAAUGAUUCUGCAAUUAAAAACGAAACCAUUUAAUUCGACGAUUAAAUUCAACCACGCUAAUCGUUUACAAUCUUAUUUAUUUUUACAAACAUUUUAUUAAACAUUACAUAAUGAAGUACAUGGUAUCACAACAUUAUUAUUUGUAUAUAUUUUUAUAAUGACAAUUGCAUGCCAAAUUAUAUGUAUAAACAAGAAAAGAAGUACAAUGCGCUAAGGGCAUAUUGACCAUUGGCUUGUGUAAUGUAUAUUAAAAUAACUUUCUAUAUAGGAAAUUGAAAAUCAUUUAUAAAAAGAAUACAAAUUAAAUAUGUUUCCGACAUAUUCGCACUUAGAAUUUAAGCUAUGUGUAAAUGUUCACAGCCAACAUCAAAAAUUAACGAUUUAUAUAUUUGCAUUUAUCAUUUUAUAAGUUUUACAUAUUCAUUUUUGUCAAUAAUGAAUAGAAUCUUUUACUUCUGAGAAAAAAAAAAAAAAAAAAAUUACACUAAUAUACUAAGUUAUAUUAUCCAUAUAUGAAAAAAAUAAUGUUAAUUAUUAUAUAUCAUAUAUAAGAAUUAUUACUGCAUUUAUUUCUAGUUUAAUAUACUUUCUU